AAGCUGAAAAAGGUCUGCCCCUCCUUUGUUGACUCAUAAACUCUUUUCACGGCUCCUCUGUUCUCAGUCAGCAGUAUGGCAUUUGCAGGGAAAUACCAGCUUGAGACUCAGGCGAACUAUGAAGAGUUUUUGGAAGCAAUUGGGCUUCAGACGGCUAAGACGGAACACAAAGUGGUGACCGAGGUGGUUCAGGAUGGCGACAACUUCACCUGGACACAAAGUAUCCCUGGCUGGAGCUGGACAACCAGUUUCACAUUGGGUCAGGAGUGUGAGAUGGAGUCGAUGAAAGGUGUAAAAUUUACGGGCACUGCAAAACUUGAUGAUGGAAAGCUGUCUCUGAAGUUUCCAGAAUAUUUCUUCACCGCAGAGAUUGUUAAUGAUAAACUAGAAAUGACCUGUGUAACUCCUGGAGAAAACAGUGUGAGUUUUAAGAGAGUGAGUGGGAGGAUCUAGCUAUGCGGGACCCAACAUGUCUCCUUGGGAAGACAACGGUUGCUCCAGGCUCUCAAAGCAAAAGAAAGAAAAUUACGACAUUAAACCAAGCCACAAGCAGACUGACAGCGUGACUCAAAUGAGUCAGUCAUGAGUUUCGAGGUUUGAUUUUGCAGAACUGAUUAAAUUACAGUGUAUUGUGUGAAUUUCUCAACUUUAACAGGACAUGCAUUGGAACUAAGGAAAAUCCUCAACAUGUUAAUUAUCAACUUCAAGAAUCGGAUCACAGAACCAGUUAUAUAUCCAAUAACUGAACAGUUUGACACUCAGAUUUGAAAUACAAUUGUGCAAAGUUUUUAUUGAUGAUGUGUCACUUCAUUGAAAAUAAAGGAAAUUAAAGAAUUA